AUGGAGCAGCUACUAACGAGUGAACAGCGGGAGGUGCUUAUAGCGGUGGAUGGAAGCGAGUGUUCAGAGCUGGCGUUCAACUGGGCGUUGAGGAAUUACUGCAAGGCCCAGGAUCAUGUGCGCCUCAUUCACGUGCGCAAGUCAUUUGACGACAUUGCGGGCAAGCUUCCAGAGGACGCCAUAGCAACGUUGGAGGCGCAGGCGGAGGCAGCUGCGCGCGCCAUAGUGGAAAAGUACAUGAAGAAAUGUGCUGUAGCGGAUCUGGACUGUGACUGGAAAAUAGCGGUGGGGGACGAGAGGGAUGUGAUAUGCAGGGAGGUGAUGCGCGUGUGUGCAGACGUGCUGAUUGUCGGCACGCGAGGUCUCUCCCCUGUCAAGAAGGCUUUGCUUGGCUCAGUUAGCGAGUACUGUGCACACCACAGUGCCUGCCCUGUGAUAAUUGUCAAGGCAAAGGAGCCCAAGCCCCAUGCCUAG